UAAUGCUAGUUGGGCUACAAGUUGAGAGCGACCAAAACAAACGAUGACGACCGAGCAAAGGAGCCCAAAAAAGCUUGGAUUAACCAGGGGAAUGAGGCUUGGGUAGUUGUGGUAGAGUGCUAGAUACGGUAUUAGCGAUACACGUAUUCCUACAUGAGUGACUGAGGUUAUGCAGACUGCGAGCGGUGACUGUAUCUGAUGCUGUCCCUGUGCAGUAAAGCUAUGCGUUGGCUAACUAACAGCUACAGCUAAGCGCUAGCUAGCUGUCAACAGAGCUAUUCUGGACAGAACAAAAUUUGAAAUUGUGAAAUAUUGUUCGCACCGGGUUACGAAAAAUGCAGAGACAUUUAAAGUGACUGUGCGUUGUGUGGUAACUGUUAACUCCUGAUUCCCUUUAAGAUCCGCGUUACAAUUUUUGAACUUGGUGAUCGCUUGCUAACGUUAGCCUAAUAGUCAAUAUGAGUUGGUUCAAUGCAUCUCAUCUGUCCACCUUCGCUAAACAAGCUUUAACAACAGCUCAGAAGUCAAUCGACCGAGUUCUGGACAUCAAAGAAGAGGACCAAUGGGGUGACACAGUUGUAAUGCCCUAUAAUGAUGUUACAUUACCUGGAAAGCUGUCAUUGAGUGGAGGAUGGGGAAUGUCGCAGUGGGAAGCACCCCCUGAAGAAAAGACCACUACUCCUCCUCCUUCCUCUGAGGCCAUUACUACUCCUGUUACCCGUACAGUUGUAGAUGAAUCCGAAAACUUUUUCAGUGCCUUUCUGCCACCCGGAGACGCACAAGCUGUCACCAAAACCAAGGUAGUGUCUGUACCCCCUACUAUGUCUCAGAGGCGACCUCAGGAGAAGGAAAAGCAAAAUAAAGAGGCUGUGGUCCAAAAAGAAGUGGAGACUCAAAAGUCAGCACCUGCUGAUAAGAGUCUUGAGAUUCAGACAGUUGCUGAGAACCAGCCACUUGAGCCCGAGUCAUCACCAUCAGCACCCCAUGCAGACACUAUCCUCCUGGAGCCAGUUUCUCCUACUUCUUCCAGUGAUCUUCCUUGUAGCCCUGAUGACAGUGUAAAAACAGAUGCUGGCUCAGUAGUUUCUGCAGACUCAAAAACAGAGGAAUCACAGCCUCCAUCAGAUCAGGUUGACCAGGGUACUGCGGAUCCCUCUGAACCGUCAGCUGUCAGUUCUGAACCUAAGAGCUCUACCCCUUCUGAUUCUUCACCCUCCCCAUCCUCGAAGGAAGUACUCAUAGAGCAUAAAGACACAAAGGUGGAGGACCGUCAAAGUGAUACCCCCUCUCCUCCGGUCAGCGCUUUCUCCUCAGGAACCUCCACCACCAGUGACAUUGAAGUGCUGGACCAUGAGUCUGUGUUGAGUGAGAGCUCAGCCAGCUCCAGACAGGAAACAGGGGAGGGCAAGGCUGGCCUUCACCUAAUGCAGGGCUCCUUCCAGCUUCUCAGUGCCUCCACCUGUGGAGAUUUCCCCCGUCUGGAGGACUACUCCAAACUCACAGAGAGCUGCGGCUCCUCCUCGGAUGCAUUUGAGCGUAUAGAUUCAUUCAGUGUGCAGUCGUUGGAUAGCCGCAGCGUCAGCGAGGUUAACUCAGAUGAUGAGAUCCCUGGCAGUAGGACACUAGCGUCCGUCACUGCAGGCCCGGCUCCUUUAACGGUGUCAUCAGCUGUAUGUCAGCAGAAGGAAGAUGGAGUGGGGGAGAAGGUAGGAGAGGGAAACGAGGAGGAGGAGGAAGAGGGCUUUACUGAAACAGUGAGGGAGCAGUCGCUGGAUGAGAUGGAGGAGAGUGGACGGAGUGCGACGCCUGUUAAUAGUGAGCAGCCUGAAGAGCUGACAGAACAGGAACAGGGAUCUGAGGCUAAUGCCACAGUGCUUGAGCCCACCUCCAAAGCUGAGGAACAGAUCACGCAACCAAUCACAGAAGAGAUGAAAAGUUUCUCAACAGUUCAGAUUUUGGAGCUUCAAAAGGUCAUUGAUGAGCUGUCUGGCCGUCUUGAGAAGAGAGAGUCCCAGCUGCUGGCAGUCAGCAAAGACAAGGCCAGGCUGGAGGAGGAAUGUGACAAUCUCAGAGAUGAAGUGGUAAGCCUGAAGGAGGAGAGCUCCACUGUUCAGUCACUAAAGGACGAAUUCACCCAGCGCAUAGCGGAUGCAGAGAGGAAGGCUCAGCUGGCCUGCAAAGAAAGAGACAUAGCCAAGAAGGAAAUAAAGGGCUUGCGAGAAGAGCUUUCUACAAGACUCAACGCCAGUGAUACAAUGGAGAUCAUCAAAGAGAAGGAGGAGCAGAUCCGAGGCCUGCUGGAAGAAGGUGAAAAGCUGUCCAAGCAGCAGCUGCAGCACAGCAACAUCAUCAAGAAACUGCGUGUGAAGGAGAAGGAGAGUGACACAAAGACCAUUAAGCAACAGAAGAAAAUCAAGGAGCAGGAGGAUGAGCUCAGGCAACUGCAGCAGGUUCUAGAUGGGAAGGAGGAGGUGGAGAAGCAGCACAGGGAGAACAUCAAGAAGCUGAACGGUGUGGUGGAGAGGCAGGAGAAGGAGCUGAGCAGGCUGCAGACAGACGCUGAGGAGCUGCAGGAGCAGAACAGGAGUGUCCAGGCUGCUCUAGACAACUCUUAUAAGGAGCUGGCAGAGCUACACAGGGCGAAUGCCAGCAGAGUCAGUGAUGCCGAAGAAGCAGCCCUUAGCAGGGAAACGCAGGCCAAGGAGCAGCUGAGCCUGGCUCUUGAGAAGGCCAAGGAGGAGGCCAGGAUGCAGCAGGAGGCCCUGGCCAAUCAGGUGGCUGACCUGAGACUGGCUCUGCAGAGGGCCGAGCAACAGCAAGCAAGAAAAGAAGAUUAUUUGAGGGAGGAGAUCAGUGAGCUGCAGCAGAGGCUUCAGGAGGCAGAGACUAGGAACCAGGAACUCAGUCAGAGUGUUACCUCAGCUACACGGCCACUACUGCGACAGAUUGAGAACUUACAGGCCUCAUUGGGCGGACAGACAGCAUCCUGGGAAAAACUGGAGAAGAACAUCUCUGAUAGGCUUGCGGAGGCCCAGGCACAGCUGGCUGUUGCUGUGGAGAAGGAGCGAUCAGCAGCAGAGGAGCUGCUGUCCAUCAAGUCCCAGCUGGCCUCUCUGGAUUCCCAGAAUUCCUUGCUCCGCCAGGAGAAGGCCCGACUCCUGGCACAGCUGGAGGCUGAGAAGAACAAGAGAGAGAAACUGGAAGAUGAGACCAGCAGGGAGCAUGUUGAGCUGGAAAAUCUGCGAGGAGAACACAUUCGGAUGCUAGAAGAUGCCAAGAAAGAAAAGCUGCUGCUGACCAAUCAAUUAGAGAUGGAGAAGAUGAAGGUGGAGCAAGAGAAGAAGAAGUGCUACUUGGCACAAGAGGCACUCAAGGAAAAGGAGAGGAAGGCUAUGAGCCACUCUGUAGGAGAGCCCCCAGCCUCCUCCACGCCCUCCCUGUCUCGCUCCAGCUCCAUCAGUGGGGCAGACAAUGCUGGUCUGCACACCUCUAUUCUUUCCCAGGAUGACUCUUUAGACCACUCUCUGGCUACCAUGACCAUGUCUGUGUCGAUGAGCGGGACCAACCUGUACGAGGCUGCCAGGCUGUCUGGAGGCUCCAGCAUUGUGGAGAACCUCCAAUCUCAGCUCAAACUCAGAGAAGGAGAGAUAGCACAGCUGCAGCUUGAGAUCUCCAGUCUAGAGAGGAGUCGUUCUGUGAUGUCUGAGGAGCUAGUCCGACUCACCAAUCAAAACGAUGAGAUGGAGGAGAAGGUGAAGGAGAUCCCCAAAUUAAAAGUUAAUCUGAAGGAACUGGAGCAGAGGCACAACACCAUCCUGCAGAUGUAUGGAGAAAAGGCUGAAGAGGCCGAGGAGCUUAGACUGGACCUCGAAGAUGUAAAGAACAUGUACAAAACCCAGAUUGAUGAACUGCUGAAGAACCAGAAAUAAACAGUUUUUGCUGCUCUGUUAUUUCUGGGAACGAAUCACCCGACCAUCUUAGCCACAAAUGCAUUUACAGAAUAAGAUGGGGCAGAUAAUUUAAGUUUUAUCACUGUGUUAAAGGAAAAUUCAUUCAUCUUUAUGUUUUAUUUUAUUUUAAUUAAUUAUCACAUAUUUUAUUUAAGUGGGGAAGUUGGGAUUACGCAUAAAAUACAGUGUAUUAUUACAGAAUCAGUAUGAAGGAUAGCCACAGUUUGUGAUUCGGGUGUCCAUCUUUGGGACUUAGUACAAACUUUGCUUUAGACAUAAUUUCCCAUGACUGAACCUUUCACAUAGUACUGUAUAGGCAGUUUAACAAUAGAAGAAGGUGAAGGUACUUUGCACUCUACAAAUUCAUCCUUGUUUCUUUUUAAAUGGAUUAUCAGAAUGGUUUAAGAAAUAUAUAAAAAUAUUGUACAGACAAAUGUAUGUAUUGUUCUUAACUCCUUACAAAUGUGGUGUAGACCUGAGAGUAGUCUGUGAUUGAAAUCCUGAAGAUUGGAAUUUAAUCCGUAUAAAUAUGUAAAUUAAUAAACAUUUACUGGGGUGGUGAAAAAUACGGUGAUUGGUUAUUUAUGUUUUUAUUUAAGUAUGGAAUCGCACAUCAGAAGUCAGUAAUUUACAUUCACAGGAAAUGCUGCAUUCUCUGAAAGCUACACAAAACUUCAAAUAAAUGUUCAUGGUCUGAACAAUUUCA